AUGAGAAACGACUAUGCAGACUUAAAGAAAGAAGCAGAAAAGCCAGUAGAAGAUAAAAUGAACAUGUUAGAAUUUCUGAACAAAAACUAUCCAACAGCAGAAGAUUUCCUUCUAUCUGACGUCAAGAAGAAGUAUAAAGAAACCUUCGGUAUUGUUAAAACUUUUGACAUACUGACAGAAGAAAUAGAAGCUACGAAAUUGUUUAGGAUUUCAAAUAUACAUCGUACAAUUCAUGUAAAACGCUUGUGA